CGGCAACGAUUACUGAUUAGUGUGCGACUGCCGGCGUGAGCGGCGGGUCCGCCCGCUUGGUGUACCCGCAAUGCCGCCACGGGCUCCCGCCAACGACCCUCAAAUCCUCAAUGGUCAGCAACUCCUCCGCCCCACGCGGACAAGUCUAGAUCUCCCUGUAACCUUUCGAACCCGUGCUGUGAACUGACUACGCACGGAACAGCUGAUCGGCCGGUCACGCCUGUACAUGUGCUCACACACUUACUACGUUUGUGCAAUAUUGUAUAUGAAUGUGUCGUUGACGUUUCCGUACAUGCAUGGGAUGGCAGUUGCGUGUCUAUUGAUGGCUUUUUCUCGGAAAGUCGGGAAGAUGAAGUUGUGCGCGUAUUUGCUGCUGAGCUUCUUGGCAGUACGAGCAUCGCCAGAACCCCGAAAAUUGCCAACGGUGCAGGAGCCGCCGCAUCACAUCGAAUUCACCAACGACACUGGUGCCAUGCUCAGCUGUACCGCCAGGGGAGAAUACCAGCUGGACUGGCUCCUACUGGACAAUACGCCGGCGAUUUCGGUGCUAGGUCUUCGGCGUGUGCUGGCUAAUGGCUCCCUAGAACUUCCACCGUUCCCUGCUGACCGAUACCGGCGGGACGUACACUCCACCACCUAUAGAUGUAGAAUAAGAUUCAGCAGCGGGUACGCUGUGCUAUCUAGGAAUAUACAUGUACACGCAGCACUGAACAUCCCGUGGGAGGUGCACGUACCGGAUGAGUACGUGAUAGCGGGAAACGCGGCAGUACUGCGCUGCGUAGUGCCUGCUCACUGCGCCGACAGGGUCGGCCACACAGACUGGUUCACUGAUGAUGAAAUCAGUGUAUUACAGUACUUAGGGACAAAAUACCAAAGUCUGGAUGACGGAUCACUAUAUAUAAGCUCUGUCAGUCCAGACGACCGGUACAAUAUAUUCCAGUGCCGUGUUCGGGACCGGAUAACCGGAAACUUGUAUUCUAGCCAAUAUUUUGGUCAUAUAAUAGUGACAGAGCCAAAAGGCGGUGUGAGACCACGAGUAGCAGUGGAAACGCGGUCUCGUAGGGUCCAAACAGGGCAAAAUGUCCGGUUACCAUGCGCAGCGCAUGCUUGGCCGGUGCCCAGUUAUAGGUGGUUUCGUGAUCACCAAGAGCAGCUAAUACCAAUAGAAAAGACUCCUAUGUGGGAACGAGUCAGACUAUUAGGUGGUGGUCUGCUCAGCAUCCAGAGGGUCCGCCGUGAAGACUCUGGCAGGUUUGUCUGCUGGUUAAACAACACAGUCGGCGGAGAGUCCGUUCACUUCAGCCUUAUUGUCACAGAUCCUAUCUCCGUCCGCAUAAAACCCGAGGUGGUGCGAACAAAAACCAAUUCAGACGUUAGUUUUGAAUGCAAAAUCUCCGGACAUCCCAUUGAGAUAGUGUACUGGGUACACGAUGCAAGGCUUCUCAAGUCAAACGACAGAAUAAAAGUAACCGAGGACGGUCUAAGACUACAUAUCAAGAAUUCGCAAAUAUACGAUCAGGGAAUUUAUCAGUGUUUUGCUAGUAACUCAAAGGAUCAAGCUUAUGGUAUGGCAGAAUAUGUAAUAAACAUGACCGAAGGGCGACCGCGGACGGCGGGUAACCGCUCGAGGCGCGCCCCCUAUGCGCGGAGCUCCCACACACACGACACAGACUGGAAUUUCACUGGAACUAGAGAAACCAAGCCUGAACUAGUAUACUGGUUCUCAGAGCAAACGUUACAACCUGGACCCAGCGUUUCUCUAAAAUGCGUAGCAAUGGGACAUCCACCACCACAAUUCACGUGGUUGCUGGAUGGAUUUCCUAUUCCUACAAAUUCUAGAUUCGUCGUGGGACAACAUGUAACUCUACAAGAUGAUGUUGUCAGCCAUCUUAACAUAAGUCGUGUCACUGAACAAGAUGGCGGCGAAUAUGCUUGUGUUGCUAGCAACACGGCCGGGAAGUCAGUGCACGCCGCCAGAGUGAACGUGUACGGCUUGCCUUACAUUAGAGAGAUGCCCAAAGUGACCGCAGUCGCCGGCAGUGAUUUAAAUAUCAAAUGUCCUGUUGCUGGAUAUCCUAUUGAGUCAAUUUCAUGGGAGAGAGAUGGACAGACAUUACCUCUUAACCGACGACAAAAAGUAUUUCCUAAUGGUACACUGAUAGUAGAACAAACGCAGCGUGGAGAGGAUGCCGGAACCUACACCUGUCAAGCAGCGAAUCGACAACGGCAUGCUGCCAGGAGAGACGUGGAAGUACAGAUAUUAGUUCAACCGAAAAUCUUGCCAAUUCAACCACUUACAAAUUUGUUAAGAGAAGGAAUGAGGGCAGCGAUUUCUUGUCAAAUAUUAGAGGGCGAUUUACCAAUUGCGUUUCGAUGGGAGAAAAACGGACAGCCUGUGACAUCCUCUCCAUAUGCACCCAGCGGCAUUAUAACAAGAAGAAUGGAUGAAUACAGUGCAUCGUUAGUAAUAGAACAUAUCACUUCACUACACAGCGGAAAUUAUACUUGUAUUGCCUCAAACGUCGCUGGCUCUGAAAGGUUUACUGUACCAUUGACAGUGAAUGUUCCACCACGAUGGCGUCUCGAGCCCAAUGACGUGGCUGUAGCCGCUGGACAAGAUGUCACACUACAGUGUCAAGCCGAUGGUUAUCCCAAACCGACUAUCACAUGGAAAAAAGCCGUUGGCAAUACUCCCGGAGAAUACAAAGACUUCAUGUUUGAAGGCAGUUCCAGGGUGUUAGAAAACGGUUCCCUAGUAUUUGAGCGUGUAGCGAAGGACUCCGAGGGACAUUACUUGUGCGAAGCAAGGAACGACAUUGGAGCUGGCUUGAGUAAACUCAUAUUUCUCAAAGUGAAUGCACCAGCUCGGUUCCCAAUGAAGAGCAAAACAGUACAAGUGACAGCGGGAGAGGCGGCGCAUCUACAGUGUGCUGCCUCUGGAGAUGCACCGUUGGAAGUCAGCUGGCGAAGCCCACAUCACCACACAAUUGCUCACCAUUUAGAUCAAAGGUAUACAAUUCGUGAACAAGUUCUAGAUGAUGGAUUGGUCUCUGAACUGAGCAUAUUACAGACUUACAGACAAGACACAGGGGCGCUUACUUGUCGAGCUUCUAAUGCCUACGGCCAAGAUGAAAUGCUUAUACACUUAGUUGUUCAAGAGGUACCCGAAUUGCCGAAAAAUAUAAGAAUAAUCGAUCAGCAGUCACGGUCGAUACAAAUAUCUUGGACGCAACCUUACGCUGGAAAUAGUCCUAUUAUAAAUUAUAUCGUUCAAUAUAAAGAGGCUUCUGAGCCGUGGCCAACGACACCACAGAAAGUAAUAGUUCCCGGUAGCGUGACGUCAGCUAGCGUCCAGAAUCUACAACCCGCAACGUCCUACCAUUUGCGAAUCAUAGCAGAGAACAGACUGGGUCAGAGUGAACCAAGCCAACUCGUACAAGUCACAACCACUGAAGAAGUUCCUAGUGGUCCCCCGUUAGACGUGAGAGUGGAAGCAAAAAGUUCAACGGAAUUGAUAGUGAGCUGGGAGCCACCACAAAGGGAUCUAUGGAAUGGAAACAUUCUUGGCUACUACGUAGGAUUUCAAGAACUAAAUAGCAACAGCACAGUACUAAGCGCGAGUGGUCCUGGCGGCGCGUCGUACACGGUCCGCACGGUUGAGGGCGCGGGUACUGCACGUGCGAGGACGACACUUUCAGGGCUGCAAAAGCACGCAGCAUAUGCGGUCGUAGUACAAGCAUAUAACAGCAGAGGCGCCGGGCCUGCUUCGCCGCCCACUACCGCUACUACUAUGGAAGACGUACCGAGCCUGCCGCCGGGCGCGCUGCAGUGCACGGCUCUGAGCUCACAGUCGGUACGCGCGUCGUGGGAGCCGCCGCCGGCCCGCGCCCGCAACGGCCUCGUGCAGGGCUACCGGCUCACGUACGCGCCCGUCACCGACUGGUACGGUAAUGAAGAAGCAGUAACGAAGCAGAUAUCAGGUCUGCACACCACCCUGUCAGGGCUGCGCCGGUACACCAACUAUUCAGUAACGGUGUGUGCGUUCACGUCAGCUGGAGACGGCGUGCGCGCCGCCCCUGUCUAUUGUCACACCGAGGAAGAUGUUCCAUCCGCGCCAGCUGACAUUAAAGCGGUAGUAUCCUCUCGCAACAAAAUACUGGUGUCAUGGCUACCACCGUCGUCACCCAAUGGCGUACUAGUUGGAUACACGCUCUACAUGAGCGUCAUAGAAGAUGGAAGAGAGGAAGGUACACACAAACGGAUGCUUUCCCCGAGCACAUUAUCGCACGAAACCGCGAGAUCACCGCCACAAGCCACCCACCAGUUCUGGGUGUCUGCCUCCACGCGCCUCGGCGAGGGUGAAACUACGCGCGUAGUCACUGUAUUACCAUCAGAAUCUGUGCCAGCCCGCAUAACGUCAUUCAGCCGUAGCAUAGUGACGCCGUGGAAGGAGAAUAUCUCCCUAUCCUGCAACAAAGUUGGCGUGCCCACUCCCACUACCACGUGGAGUAUGAACGGCGCCACACUCGAGUCCACGUUGAGGAAAAAUGUCACCAACGACGGAACGCUGAUCAUUAGUAUGACCCAGUAUGCUGACAGCGGCAACUACACAUGUGCUGUAGAGAAUCCGCACGGUCGCGACGAAGUUACGUAUAGCGUGGAAGUGAAGGUGCCUCCGCAGCCGCCUGUACUGGCGGUGGUUGACUCGUACGCGGAUUCUCUGCAUUUACAGUGGAGCGACCAGGGUGACGGUGGCAGCCCUAUCCUAGGUUACGUGAUCAACUACAAACGCGAACACGGCGAUUGGGAGGAGCUCCAAGUGGAAGCGGGGACCUCAGAACAUGUGCUUCCAAACUUAUGGUGCGGCACUCGGUACCAGCUGUACAUUACGGCCUUCAAUCGAAUAGGAACAGGGCUGCCAUGUGACAUUGUACACGCGUACACUAAAGGAACGGUGCCAGUAAAACCAAAACAUUCCCAAAUGAUAACUCUCAACACGACAACGGUAACAGUCUGGUUGGAUUCAUGGGGUGACGGCGGAUGCGGCAUACUAUAUUUUGUUAUAGAGUACAGAGAGAUUAGCCAGUCCCAAUGGCGCCUAGUGUCAAACAGCGUGCAAGCGACGGAGCGGGUGUUCAGCGUGGCAGGGUUGACACCCGCCACGCAGUACCAGCUACGCAUCACGGCGCACAACAACGCCGGCCACGCUGUCGCUCUCUACAACUUCACAACGCACUCGAUCUCUGGCUUGUUGGAUGGCGAAUUGUCUCCGCCGGUGCCUGCAGCGGGUGCUCGAUCUUUGGGCGGUGCACGCGUGCUGCUGCCGGCCGCGCUGUCGCUGCUGGUGCUCGGCGCUCUCGUGGCCAUCGUGCUGCUCGUGCGCAGGAACAAAGCUGGUGGCACAGAGACCGUGGCGACGGAGAGCGGCGUGGGCGAGUCGCCAUCGGUCGCUCAGCUGCAGAACAAGGUCAAUCGCGACCAACAGUACCUCGCCGCUAGGGCGCAGCACCCCGCGCCGCAGCAUCACUACAAACACGCCUCCAACGAGUACAUAGAAGACAUCUGCCCGUAUGCGACAUUCCAACUGACCAAACCGACUGCAUAUAGCGAGAGCAGUUACAGUGGCAACGUGUACAGCGGCCCUUAUCACUCAGUGAGGGGUUCUUUCGUGUACCACGACCUGAAACAAAAUGAUAAAUAUAAGGGCAAGGAACCAGAAUACACAAAAGUAAGAAGAAAAGGGAACAGAUUCCGCGAUCCACAUUCAGAAAGUCAAGAGUCGGACAACUUGGGCUCGACGGACUCGGAGGUGAAGAAGAUACUAACGCUGCACCUGCCCAUUACAGAGUACGAGGACGACGCGAGCGACGACGCGAGCGCGCCGCACUCGGACAGCGAGCCCGCCGCUAGGCUGCGGCCCGCGCACCCCACCACCUACCCGUCGGUGGAACGCGAGGAGUCGUCGUCAUCGUCAGAAACGUCGGUGGGCGGGGCGCUGGUGCGGAAGGCGUUCCCUUCACGGAAGGGCAAGGCCGCCGCGCUCGGCAAGCGACACGUACGCUCCUCCAGCGGCUACAGCAGCCACAACGACGAGACCACCUUCAGUAUAUCUAAUUACCCAUCGUUCAACGAACACAUACAUCCACCAUCUCGCUUUUCCGACGAUACGGAGUGCGAGGGGCAUCAUCGCCGUAAGCGUGCCCCUCAUCCGCACCCGUCGCACCCACCACACGCACCAGAAGCCAAAAUGACCAGAGAAGCCUUUCAGAUCAACGUCUGAGACGCAAAGUAAACGCAAGUGCGUUUCUCUAUAUUAAACUAGAGGUGAGACACGAGAUCCGGUUGUGGAAGGACCAAAUGAAGAUAAUUGAUCAAGAUAACAAUGAUUACAGCAGAAUCUAAAAGACUAAUCCUCUAUAUGUCAAAUGACAACUUUUUAGGCAUAACCAAAACCUAAAAAUAUACUUUUUAAUAAUAUGUCGUUUUUCAGGUAUAUUAUCGCAUUUUACCCGAAUUUUACCAUGAAAAAACAUGUUCAUUGAAAACUAGAAAUAUUCUGUCAGAUUCUAUUUAACAGUAACAUACGAUAAGUUUGAAAUAUAACAAAUUUUGUUACUGUGGUAAAUUUUAUGCUAGAAUUGGUAGGUAGAAUAUGUAAGUACUUGGUACUUACCUACUUGUUAUACCUGAAUCUGUAAAAAUAUCGCGUGUGUAAAGAAUGAAGUUUUCUUUAUGUGACUUCUUUAAACGAAUUGUCGUUAACGAGUGUAUUAUAAGUGAUCGAUAUCAAAUAUUUAUCGAAGUAAGCAGUUUAAAGCGCUUGAACGAAAUAGAUUCUAUAACUGUUGCCAAAUUCAAAUCCGUAAUAUAUAACUUCUGUACUAUUACGUAACAUGUACAUAUAGACUGUAGAUAGAUAGAUAUAGCCAAAAUAAUAAUAAUUAUUACUCUUUAGUGCCAUACAAUAAUCAUUUUUCUACUCCAAAAUCGAGUAUUUUAUUAAACGUGUACGAAGGGUGAGCUCUGGAUUAGUGUAUGGUUCCACUAGUAUUCUACUGUGGGUCUGCUACGAUUUACCGACACAUCAUAAUUACACAAGUAAAAUUUUUCACAACUGAUUUAUCUCUGGUUAAUAGAUAUAAUUUUAUAAAGUACAUUUCUUUUUUAAUUUUAUAUCUCACUCAAAUCUCUGUCGUCAUGAAAACUAAAUUUACAUAACUAUCUUUUAUUUUGAAGAGUGAGAUGUGGCAGUAUAAUUACUGAAUACAGAUGAAUAACACUACAGUCUUCAGAUAUAAGAAGUACUGUAGGUAUCACAAUAAUGUCAUGUCUAUAGGCGACGAUUACCAAUUACCAUCAGAAAAAUCGUCAACGGAUUUACUAAUCAAUGUUAUGAAAAAUUAAUUAGUUUAUAAUUUUUCAAUAGAUACAGUUAUUAUUUGGUUUCGGUAUAUUGUAGCAACUCCCUCGUUAUGUAAAUAACAUUGUAAUUAAAACGUAUUCUUACGACUAUCGAAUGUAAAAUUAAGAAGAACAAUAAUUAAAAUAUAAAAAUAUAUUUUAAACUUAAUGCCUUAUUGACCAAAGUCUUAAAACUAGUUACGGAUGUAAUUGGAAAGAAAUUAUAUCCAAUAUUUAAUUACGAAUUGUUUGAUUGUUGUAAAGUUUAUGAAAACUAAUUGUUUUCAUUGAAUAAAAAUCUUAUCAUUGUCUAUAACCGUAAGAUUUGAAUGGUGUAAAAUUAAACAUUUCAAGUACAUAAUUUAUAAAUGCUAGUUAUAUAACGUUUGUAAGUGCCAACAGUGACACUGUUUUAUCCGAUUUUUAAUCAAGUAUCUAUAGUAAUCUUAAGGAAUUUUGUAUUCCAAUUACGAUAAAUAUACACGAGAAAGUAUUAUCUGAAAUCUAAGAAUUAAAAAUGCUGCCUGAGUACCUACACCUUAGUGCUGAGACAAACUUAAAUGACAGCUAUCGGGAAGUAAAUGGGGACAGUUUGAAAAGUUUUUUUUCUCGAUAUGAGAGGAGCAUGCGACGCAACAUUACUAGUUAUCGCCAUUUCAGUGUAACUUGAUUUUAAAGAUACAAACAUUCUUUACUAUUUUCUAUGAAGGUAGACAUUUCUCCAUAGCGUUUACACAGCAAUAUAUUUUUAAACAACGUUCAUUAAUACGACUGGACGGUAUACCGCGGUAUAUGGUUUAUACAAAUAAGAAUCAAUUAAUGCUUUACGUGACUCACAUAAUCGAUAUAACAAAUAUUAGUAAUACGCAUUCCUCAGUAAACGGCAACACGAGACAAUACACUUACCUAUAGUUUUUUGGUGAAUAUGGCAGAAA